AGUGGGGUGUCUUUUGGCGAAACGGACGUGGCUCCUAGCGAUGUGCUUUGUAACGCGUUCGAAAAAGGAGAGAGGUGGCACGGGAAGAGCGCAGGGGAAGGAAGAAAGACGGAGGGGGGAGUUGGGGAGGGGCGGAGAGGCAAGGGGAGGGGAGAUUCGGCACGCGCAGGAAAAUUGGCGGGAGUCGGAAGGGCUAAAGCCGCCCGCGCGGAGGAGGAACGUACCAGGGGAAAAGUCGGAUCACGGGAAGGAGGACUCCGGGAAAGUGCAUCUGGGGAAGAUGGUACGCGACAUGGCAAAAAGGUUGGAGGGGAUGGAAGACACGCGAGGGAGGCGCAGGCGGGGAUUGGGGGGACAGAUGCGCUGGACGGAGCGGCGGAUACUGGGAAGCUGGAGGAGGAGGCGGAGGAGGCAGGGGAGGGGGCGGGGCUGGCGGAAGAGGUGGAGGAGGGGGGAGAAAAGGGGGAGACUGGGGAGGCUGGGUGGGGGAAAGAAAUGGGAGUGGCGGAGGGGGGAUGGAGAGCGAACAGGGAUGGUGCUGCAAUUAGCAGGGGGAGCGAUACGGUCGAGGCUAGCUUCCGGUUCCUGGCAGGGGAUGAAGGGUGUUCAGAUGAGGGGGGGAUGGAGGGAGAGGGGAGUGACAGAGAGGAGACAGAGAGUGCGACAAAGGAAGCAGGUCUGUGGAGGAUGGUAGAUGACUUACCACCCUCAGCACCACCCUCAGCACCGCCCUUCCGAGGACCCAAGCUUAAACUUUCCAGCCUCUCCUCCCCUUCCUCCUCUUCCCACUCCGCGUCCUCCUCCCCCUCCUUCUCCCCUUCCUUCUCCCCUUCUUUCUCCCCAUCCGCUUCCAAACCCCCUCCCCACCCAUCGCCCCUUUCCGCCUUGCCCAAUCUCCGCCCCUUCCCGUCCUCAUCCUCCUCUCCAUCCGUCUCCUCCCCAUCGUCCCCAUUCUCCUUUCCUCCACCGCUCCAGCGAUCCAAGACCGAGACCAUGUUUGCUGGGAAGGCAGCGUCUGGGGGAAGCCCACUCUGGCGGACACAGAGCAACGUUCAGAGUAGCUCACGUGCCGUUGAGCCGGAGAGGAGGGGGAGCAGGGAGAGCAACGAAAGAACUGCGAGCAAGGAGGGCAGGGAGGGCAACGAGAGCGAGGAGGGAACGGGAAGCACAGGGAGUAUGGGGGCAAGAGGGAAUGCAGGGAGCAGAGGCAGUGUUGCAGUGAGAGGCAUGAGUGGGAGGGCGCUCAGGAGAAGCCAGACUCUGGACUGGCACCCAGGCCACCAGCAGCAACGGCAGGCUCAGGCGCAGCCUCAGGUGAUACCGCAGAUGUUUCAGGUGAAACAACAGAUACAGCAGCAGUCGCAGCAGCAGCAGCAGCACAGGCCGGACAUGUUGAUUAUUCAUGGGGACGAGGAGACCGAUGCGAUCUACACACACCCAAGGGCAGCGGCAGCAGCAGCAGCAGCAACACCAGCAUCAGCACCACCAGCAUCAGCACCACCAACACCAGCACUGUUGAUUAUACAUGGGGACGAGGAGACCGAUGCGAUUUACACGCACCCAAGGGCAGCUGCUGCAGCAGCGGCCGCACAAGUGGCUGCUCACUCCGCCUCCGCUGCUGCUGCUCUUGCUGCUGCCAAGGCCUCCCUCCCUGCCCCUCUUCCCCACCCUGCCUCCCCUCCUGUGUCUCCUGCGUCCGCUGCAUCUCCUGUGUUUUCUGCGUCUCAUGCAGCCACGACAGCAGCAGCAGCUGCUGCUGCUGCUGCUUCUGCUGCUGCUCCUGCCGCUGGUGCAACUGAAGCAGCUUAUAGUGAAGCUGCUCUUAGUGCUGCUGAUAACGGCGCUAUUCUUAGCCCUGCUUAUAACGGGGCACUGCACAGCCCUGUGUCUCCAGCGCUGCCCCAUCCACCGAUUCUCACUCUGCCCUGGGAGCGGGAGGAGCCUGCGACACUUAAGAAGCACUUAGCUAAGCGCCUCGCAGGCCGCAGCAAGAGCACUUCGGACUCUCCCUGGUUGUCAAACAGGGAGGAGAGCAGCUUAGAGGGCGCGAAGAGGGGGGAGAUGAGGGGAGAGGAUGGAGGGGGGAGGCGAGGGGUGGGGGACACCCAGAGGGAGAAGGAGGGGCACCGAGAGUGA